AUGCUCGUCGCACUCGUUUCGCAGGGCAAUGGCCGAAUACAGGUUCACUUUCUUCAUGGCAAAAUAACCAAAUUAUUUUCGUGGGUUCAACGUUACAUAACUUUUUGCACAGCCUUGGCAGCACCAAAGGACUCACACCACGUACGGGUCCAGGCGGUCUGGGCCGAAGAUGAGGUGUGGUUUGCGGUGCGCAAGGUCCAGGAUAGUCUUGCCAAACUCGCUGUUGCACCAGCUGAACCACGGCCGCGUGUAGUCGUGUCUGGGCGAGUUGACGUGGAUGCUCUCGUGCAUGAGGCCCAGUCCGGCCGUGGUGGUCUUGACAAGGUCCAGCAGCUGGCGGAUCUCCUCGUCGUCGUCGGUGGUACGAAUCUGCAGCAGCAGCGACAUCGGCCACGCGUUCGAAAGUCCAAUGUGCGGGCCCCCAAUGCCCUCGAAGUAGGCCCCCUUGAAGUAGUACGGGUUGCCGUCUUUGGACAGGAUCAUGCGACGGGUGUUCUGGUAAAUCUCGUCGUCCUGGUCGACAAAGCCCAUGUCUGGCAGCGCCAGCAGCGACGGGAUGUUUGCAUCGUCCAUGAUGUUCACACCGCCAAAACCAUCCACCUCAUACGCGAGCACUUUGCCGAACGUCUUGUGGUCCACCACGCCGUACUGGCGGAUUCCUUCGCGAAUGGCGGCGGCAGACUCCGCAGCCUGGUCCGCAAAACUGGCAAGACCCAGCUCGCGCAGCACGGGCUCCACCAGGCUGAGUUCGACCUGCAUCUGCGCGUUGGCCGGGAUAAAUAG